CUUUUGGGCCGAAGCGUGGGCCACCAACCGCCCAGCCCAACCCACAGAAGCGGCUAGAAGCGCCGGCCACCGUCCGAUCCGAUCCGCGCAUCUCGCCUCGAGGCCUUGAGACCUUGCCGUCGUCGUCGUCUCCGCCGCCGCACCCCCAAAACCCUCGCUAAACCUGCCGCCGCCGUCGGAAAUGCGCGUCCUCCUGCCGCGGCUGCCGCGGGGGCCGCGGCAGCGGCCGGAGCUGCACGUCCCGGCGAGGGGGCUGCUUGAGGCGAGGGUGCCGUGGGUGCGCGACCGGGCGCUGGACCACGUGGUGGAGCGGGAGCGCCACCUCGUGCCGUUCCUCCUCGCCAAGGACGCGCUCCUCUCGGCGGCGGCUGCGCCGCCGCACGCCGUGCCUCUCCACUCGCUGCCGUCCACCAUCCCGUUCCCGUUCCGCCCGCUCCGCUUCCUCCGGCUCUACCCGUCGGCCUUCGCGCUCUCGCCGCACCCGGUCGCCGUCUCCCCGACGCCCCGGCUCACCUCGCUCCAUGCCGCCGAGGCGCAGGUCCUCGACUCCACCCGCCCCGACGCCGCCGACCGCCUCCUGCGCCUCCUCAUGCUCGCGCCUGCCCGCGCGCUCCCGCUCCACCUCGUCGCCCGCCUCCGCCUCGACCUCGGCCUCGCCCCCGACUUCCCCCGGUCGCUCCUCCCCAACUACCCGGACUACUUCGCGCUCUCCCGCGACGGCGCCCUCCUCGAGCUAGUCUGCUACCGGAAGGACCUCGCCGUGUCGGCGAUGCAGUCCUACGCGCAGCGCACCGGCGGGUACAAGGUCGGCGACGCGGUCCCCUUCCCGCUCUCGUUCCCGCGGGGCUUCGAGCUCGACAAGAAGGUACGCAAGUGGUUGGACGACUGGCAGAGGCUGCCGUACAUCUCGCCAUACGAGGAUGGCUCCCACCUGACACCAAGAAGCGACAUCACGGAGAAGAGGACAGUGGCGGUUCUGCACGAGGUGCUGAGUCUCACUGUGGGGAAGAAGAUGGAGAAGGAGAUGCUCGUGAAGCUUGGUGAGGCACUGCGGCUGCCGCCGGGUUUCAGGAAGGUGAUGGCAAGGCACCCGGGGAUUUUCUACCUGUCCCAUAAGCUGAGGACCCAGACGGUGGUGCUCAGGGAGUCAUUCCGGCGGCAUUUGCUGGUCGACAAGCACCCAAUGAUGGGGAUAAGGUACCAGUACCUGCAUCUGAUGCAUAUGGGGCAGGAGGAGGCCGGGAAGCGCAAGGGCAAGGAUCGAAAGACAAGUCGCGGUGAGCAGAUGAUAGGGGAGGAGUUUGGUGCAGAUGGGGAGAAUGACGAAGACGAAGAAGGGUAUGAUGAUGAUGACGAGGAGGAGGAGGAGGAGGAGGAGGAGGAUGAGGAUGAGGGUGAUGAAGAGGACAUGGACUCUGGUGUGGCUUCAGGUGACGAGGAUAGCGACGACGAUGAUGUUGAUGGUACUGAUCAUGCCGCAAAAGUAUAGAACUAGAGGGAGGAUACUAAUCACAGGUUGAAACUGCCGUCCGGGAUGCAAAUGGUCUUCAAGAUAAUUUUGGUGCGGUGUGUCACUCCAUGAAUAAUCACAGUUUGAAAUUGGAGCUUGCAUUGCAGAUGUUGACAUUGGAGUUCGAGUUGCGAAUGGUCUUCAAGAUGAUUUGGGUGGCAGCCUGUCACUCCAUGAUUACACAUUUACAUAGGUAACAGUUGGCAACAAAAUGUAUAAUCAACUCCCAUGGUAGGGAGAAAUCCUGUUUGGAGGAUGGAAUAUUUGGCUGCUCUAUCAACUAGUUGAGUUGGCUGCUCUAUCAAGUAGUUGAGUAUCAGGUUGGGUGCAGCAUUCUUGUAUUAUGUGGAUUCACUUGAGUUUUGUUCUUUUUCCCAUACAUGUCUUAGUUUGUUAAGUAGUAUUGUACUCUUAUGAUAGCCUAUAUGAUGCUGUUUCAUUCUUUCCGUUCAGUUCACCAAUAAUAUUUAUUCUAGCUAUAAUAUUCCACGCAUAUAUGCGCGUAUUGUCUUUACCAGAAUUGCGUUGUAUUUAUG